CAGAAGAGAAGGACCUACGCUGCUACCUGAGCGUUCCGCACCCGUACUACCGAAUAGGCCCGGUCAAAAUGGAGGUCAUGAGCCUAGAACCCUACAUCGUCCAAUUCUACGACGUCAUCUCGCCCAAGGAGAUACAAGCAAUUCGCAGGAUUGGGGACCCCAUGCUGGCCCGUGCCACAGUCGUCGAGAUCAAAGAAACGGUGGACCCCGGCCGCAUCAGUCAAGCGGCGUGGUUAAAUCCAGGCACCGACCCGCUGCUAGAAAGGGUCAACCAACGGGUGGCCAUGCUCACCGGACUGUCCACAGACUACGAGCGCGGAGACUCCGAGAUAAUACAGUACGGCUCCUACGGACCGGGGGGCCACUACGAAGCGCACGCCGACUACCUGAUGGGGGGACUCACGGAGGAGGAGAUAGAACAAUUAGAGGAGGAUGAUAAGGAGUCCGGAGACCGCAUCGCCACCUUCAUGUUCUACCUUUCAGACGUGAGUUUGGGAGGUGCCACUGUGUUCCCUUACGCCAAGGCGGCGGUCCCUCCGCGAAUGGGCUCGGCUGCCUUCUGGUACAACAUGCACGAGGACGGUAGCUACGACGUGCGCACCCUGCACGGCGGAUGCUCCGUGCUACACGGCACAAAGCACGUCGCGAACGUGUGGAUUCGAUCCAAUGCCCAGAUGUUCAACCGACCAUGCCCAGCGAAGAAAGGAAGACGGACGCCAGAUUCUGCGAGCCUGUAUACCUUAUUUCUUGGUCCUGCUCCUUAUAUUUUUCUUCUUCUUGUAUCUUUCUCUAUUGCUAUUUUUUUUCAAUGGGAACGACGGGCCGUCCCUGUUAGAAUCUAUUGUAUUUAUUUUUAAAUAAACGGAAAAGAAAAUCAAAAGAUUGUUUAUAUAACGGAACGCAUUGAGUGUGUUAAAGAAAGGGCAAGGCAUGGCACAUGCCAAAAGAAAAAAAGAAAAUAAACACUACUUUGAGUAUGUUGCAGAGUGAAAGGACGGUCCGUGUAUUCUUAAGCACACCUUGAGGAUGUUGGCCCUGCACCUGACAGUUGAUAUGGCUAGCGCUGUAAUUAGCACGGCUUUUAUUGCGAUGCGAUGAAAGCU